CCUUCUAUCACUGGACCAGUCUUGCAACACAACCAUCCGACGAGGGCAGACCCCCCUGAUAUGUCACAGCAAUAGCGACUUCGGUCAAGUGCAAACAACUCAUCCGACCCCGAAAGACUUCAACAACCCUUCAAUUAUGGGAAUUUACUUAUAAGGCAACGCUUGAAGUUGCCUUCAGAGAGCCCAGUGUUGAUUAAAGAGGGGACUGCCAAGGUGUUGGAAGUGGGGUGUCGGAAGAGGAUGCACCUCCCGAUCUGUGGAUGAUAAAGUGUCGUACAUCGAUUACGAGAUGACGCUGAGGGAUUCGAAAAUGACAGAAGAGGUGGUUGACGAAGAGGUGGGAAAAGGCGAGCUGGAAGUAUCGGAAGACCUUCCGGAAAGGGGCUCGUGGACUAACAAACUAGAUUUCAUCCUCUCAGUUGUCGGACUCGCCAUCGGCCUGGGCAACGUCUGGAGGUUUCCUUACCUUUGUUACAAAAAUGGAGGCGGGGCCUUCCUCAUACCUUAUUUCCUUACUCUCCUCAUGGCCGGCAUACCCAUGUUUUUUCUCGAACUCGCCCUCGGCCAAAUGCUGACUAUCGGCGGUCUCGGCGUCUUCAAAAUUGCGCCCAUUUUCAAAGGCAUCGGGUAUGCCGCUGCGGUUAUGUCAUGCUGGAUGAACGUGUACUACAUCGUCAUCCUCGCCUGGGCAAUAUUCUACUUUUUCAUGUCCAUGCGCUACGAUGUGCCUUGGAGGACGUGUAACAACUACUGGAACACGAAAUUCUGCGUGAACACUUACGAAAGGAACCAGCUUGACUGUUGGCCGGCUGUAAUGAAGGGAGAUUUCUCGACCUUCUGCAACAUCAACAACCAAAGCGUCGCCGUGAAAGAUUUGACGGACCCUGUCAAAGAAUUCUGGGAGCGACGAGUAUUGCAGAUUUCGGCCGGUGUUCAGCACAUUGGCAGCAUCAGGUGGGAAUUGGCUGGCACUCUUCUCCUCGUCUGGGUCCUGUGUUACUUCUGUAUCUGGAAAGGAGUCAAAUGGACCGGAAAGGUCGUUUACUUCACUGCCCUUUUUCCGUACUUCCUGUUAACCGUCCUUCUCAUUCGUGGAAUUACCCUUCCGGGUGCGGCCGAGGGGAUUUAUUUCUACAUCAGUCCUAAUCUUUCAAAACUGAACGAUUCUCAGGUAUGGAUAGAUGCUGUCACCCAAAUCUUUUUCUCGUACGGUUUGGGCCUAGGAACUCUCGUCGCUUUAGGAAGCUACAACAAAUUCACCAACAACGUUUAUAAAGAUGCUUUGAUCGUAUGCUGUGUGAACUCUGGGACCAGCAUGUUCGCAGGUUUUGUAAUAUUUUCCGUCGUCGGUUUUAUGGCGCAUGAACAGCAAAAGCCUGUCGGCGAAGUAGCCGCGUCAGGUCCAGGAUUGGCUUUCUUAGCUUAUCCAUCAGCAGUACUUCAGCUUCCAGGAGCCCCUCUCUGGUCGUGUUUAUUUUUCAUCAUGCUAUUAUUUAUAGGUUUAGACAGUCAGUUUUGCACCAUGGAAGGUUUCAUAACUGCCAUGGUAGACGAAUGGCCACAACUCCUCAGGAGGAGGAAAGAAAUAUUUAUUGGGAUAGUGUGCAUAUUGUCAUAUCUAGUCGGCUUUUCAUGUAUAUCACAGGGUGGUAUGUACGUGUUUCAAAUAUUAGAUUCUUACGCCGUAAGCGGUUUCUGCUUGCUCUUUCUCAUAUUCUUUGAAUGCAUUGCUAUCUCCUGGGCUUUUGGCGUCAACCGAUUUUAUGACGGGAUUAAAGAGAUGAUCGGCUACUAUCCAUGGGGUGGAUGGAAGUUCUGCUGGGUCUUCGCGACUCCAGUUAUUUGCAUUGGCACAUUUGUAUUUAAUUUAGUGCAGUGGACGCCGAUUAAGUACCUGGACUAUGAAUACCCAUGGUGGAGUCAUGCUUUUGGCUGGCUGACAGCGCUUUCGUCUAUGCUUUGCAUACCGGGUUACAUGAUUUGGUCUUGGUUUAACACCCCAGGUGACUUCAACACGAGGGUACGACUGCUAGUUCGAAUAGAAGACGACGUGCCAGCACUAAGGAGAAGAAUGAAAGAAAGUUCGAAAGAAAUGAGUUCAUUAUGAUGGUGAUAAGUGAUAUAAAGGGCAAAUUUAGAACACAAAAACAAAUUUUCUUUUUCCGAUAGACAAAUAAAAUUCAUAUAUUCAAAAUAUUAAACUCACGUCCGAAAAUGUUUUGGACGAAAUCUUUUUUUUUUGUUUUUUGAUUUUUUUUAAGACGGCAUCCUUAAUUUGUAAAUGUACUAUAAUUAAAUCUAUGGAACAAGAUUCGUUUCAUCCUGUAUUAUAUUUUGUUGUGGAGGUGUACUUUAUAAAUGAUUGCAGGCCGAGGUAACACUGGUUGAAUUUAAAUUGACUCCUAUUUUUUAUAAAAGCAAAAACUUAAAAAAAAUUGUAAAAAAAUAUAAAAAUAAAAUAAAUAGACCACGGGUACAAGACACUAUAUUGUUGUUAGAAUUAGUUAUGUGUGUUUUUCUAUGCGCAUGUUUAUAUUAUUUUAGGAAAUCUUAGAUAUAAUUAACACUGUAUAUACUCGAGUGAUAUCAGUAGGAGAAUUUAAAAAGUAAAAUUAAAAAAAACGUUCAUCAUAUGUUUUUGUGUAUAUUUAAUUAUAAGGAUUAUUUCUUAAGAAAUAUAAAUGUAAUCUCGUAAUAAUAAUUAGAUUUUUACUUACAAGAUCUCUAAUUUUUGUUUGUUUAUUGUGGAUUUAUGGCUUUUGUAAUGGACAAUAAUUACAUUAUUUUUUAGGCAAGGUAGAAAGGUUUUCUUAGGCUUGAGCGAACUCCUUUCUUCCAUUAGACCAAAGAUUGACUCUAAUCGCCCAAUAGAGUACGUAGCCGUAAUGUGUAAAUUCCCCAAAGUUUAAUGUGAAAUAAAAUUGUAAUUUAUAUUUAUUUAUGUUCUAUGUAACGUUAAUAGCUUUCCAUUAAAAAA